GCAGGAGCGAGGCCGGCCGGGGGGCCGUGCCCUCCCGUCUGAGGCCUUAGUCCUCAAAGCACCCGGAUUUGGGCCUUGGCGCAGCUCGACUGGGAUUUUCUCCAGACGGAGCCGGGCCUGCCAGGGGCCACAGGUAAGCCUGAGAAGGAAAUUUGGGCUUGACAGACGGAGGGGUCGCUCAGAGGCGGCAGAGGGCGCCCAGAGAGCAGCGCCGGCGAAGCCCCGCCCCUUCAUUCCACGCUCUCCCCCGGUGCGUGCGUGCGUCAGUGCGUGCGUCCCCCGGCACGUGACCAGGGAGGCGCGCCAGACCCGGAAGCGGCGUCCGGAGCGAAGACCCGGAGCGGGAUUAGGAUCGGGAGCAGGAUGAGCGCGGGGACGGCGCCCCCUGCUGGCGGGGCGGUGACAGGCAGCGGCGUGCGGCUGGUGGUGGAAUAUUGCGAACCUUGCGGCUUUGAGGCCACGUACCUGGAGCUGGCCAGCGCCGUGAAGGAAGAGAAUCCGGACAUCGACAUCCAGCCCCGUCCCGGAGGAGGCACAGGGGCCUUUGAGAUUGAAAUCAACGGUCAGUUGGUCUUCUCCAAGCUGGAGAAUGGAGGAUUCCCAUACGAGAAGGAUCUCAUGGAGGCGAUCCGCCGGGCCAGCCUCGGGGAGCCCUUGGAGAAGAUCACCAAUAGCCGGCCUCCCUGCAGCAUCCUGUGACGGGGCCCUGGGCGUGUUUCCGCCCUUCUGAUUGACAACGUGUAGCUCCCCUCCGGCCCGGGGGGGGAUCCAGGCCUGCCUCCCUGCCCUCUGAAGGGGGAACUUGGGUAAGAGGGCUCCUCAGCCAAUUUACACCCCCUGCAGAAGUGCCUGCCCUCCCACGGUGCCCCCUGACCUUUAAUUUAUGCCCCAUGCUCCCCUUCCUCUUUGGAGCACCCCAGCAAUAAAGGUCACACUACAGAUCCC